UCUCGCAUCGCACGCACAGCUCCGCUAACAAAAAUCCCGAAAAGUACGCAAUUCGCAAGUGAUUCCAAGUGUUCCAAGUGAAAGAGAGAACCGUCAUCAUCGCCAUGUCCACGAUUAACCUGCAUCCCCCGCAAACCUACUCGCGCCUGUUCCGUCCCUGGGAUACGCAGCGUCAGAUUCCCGCUCCGGCGCCCAGGAUGGUGAAGCAGGAGCCCGAGAUCACCAUCAAGACGGAGCUGCCCAGCAGCAGCUUUGGCCACGACAGCGACACCUCCUCCUCGUCCUCGUCGAGCACCAGCAGCAGCUGUGACAGCCGAAGCCGAAGCCGAAGCAGCAGCAAGUCCAGCUACGAGGAUGGGUUGAACCACAGCAGCUACACCCGCACCUCCACUCCCUUGCUGGAUGCUGCGCCUCAGCCUAUCUUUCCCCAGCCAGCCUCCUCCUCCCCCGCCACCGCCUGCCCCGUGUCCCAGCCUCCUCCGCAGCUGCAGCACCAGGCUCCGUCCACCUCUCCGUUCAUGCCGGCUGCCAGCGAUUUGUAUUAUGCCGCCGCCGCCGCAGCAGCCGCUGCUGCUGUUAACACUCCCAGCGCCGCCGCCGCCGCCGGCUUCGGCAUGGAUCCCUUCACCUUGGGACUGAUGGAGCAGGAGUACGCCCGUGUCAUGGCCGAGGAUGCCCAGCUGAAGGCACUCAAUGCCCGCAAGCAGCGCCCCAAGAAGUUCAAGUGCCCGCACUGCGACGUGGCCUUCUCCAACAAUGGCCAGCUCAAGGGACACAUCCGCAUCCAUACCGGCGAACGCCCCUUCAAGUGCGACGUGGACACCUGCGGCAAGACUUUUACGCGCAACGAGGAGCUGACGCGCCACAAGCGCAUCCACACCGGCCUGAGGCCGUAUCCUUGCAGUGCCUGCGGCAAGAAGUUCGGCCGUCGCGACCACCUCAAGAAGCACAUGAAGACGCAUAUGCCGCAGGAACGCCAGCUGGGACCGGCCAUCUUUGUGCCCAUGUACCCCUUCCUGUAUGGCUACUAAAGCCAUCGAGGGGAAUCGAAUCCGGACUUGGAAUCCCCCCGCCAGCUCCCCAGCGAUCUGUGAAGCGCUUGCACGCUUUAAACACGCACGAACCUCGACGAAGACAAACCCCAACGAAUGCCGGCCAAUAAUAGUAAUCGAUAGCCAAUCCUGGACAGAUCUACCUCAGCCGUACCUGGCGCACUCCGGCGCACGCACCCGACCAGCACUGGGAGGGACUGAGAUACCGCAAUACCCUCGACGAUAUAUGCAAAUAUUGAGAUAUUUAUUUUUUAACGCAUAUUUACACUGCCAGCUACGUGACCCAGGAAUCCCGACCCCGCACAUGUGUAAAUACCUCCUCCUCAAGUGAUCCUUUCUCAUAUGCUAAGCGAUUAAGAGAUUAAGCGAUACCGCAUCUGUGUAUGUAUACAUACACUCUAUAUUAGGUCUAAGCCGAUAUAUUUUAAUACUUUUAUAUGCAGAGCGCGGUUACUAGCAAUAUACGAUUUAUACCUAGCCUUUAAACGGUCGUAGUUAAAUAUUGAGAGUUGCAUUAUACGAUUUAUGUUUACACCACCUAAAAUACAUGAAAAAUCUAAA